AUGAAUGUAAAAGAUCCUAAUCUCAAGAAGCCGCCGAUUUUGCCUGAUGUGGUAAAAGCCCUAGGAGUAUCAGCACCGACUGUUGCAGAUAGGGUCAUGUCGCUGUCGACUCUGCUUCGCGGCACAGCUCGUCAGAUGAUGGCAUGUCGGCAGAUGUCAGCUUAUCCCAUCCCUGAUGCAAUGUUUGGCUUAAAUGAAGAUGAAAUUGCGCUGCGGAAAUCUGUUCGAGAAUUCGUCGAUAAAGAACUCGCUCCAUAUGCGAAUGAGAUCGACCGCGACAACACAUUCAAGGGUAUGAGGUCGUUUUGGAAAAAGCUGGGCGAUCAUGGGCUUCUUGGUGUGACUGCACCCGCUGAUUACGGUGGUUCUCAUAUGAACUAUUUCUCACAUGUGCUUGUAAUGGAAGAGUUAUCGCGUGCCAGUGGUGCAGUAGCGCUCUCCUAUGGUGCACAUUCGAAUCUUUGCGUUAAUCAGAUAGUAAGAAAUGGUACUCAAAAACAAAAGGAGAAGUAUCUACCCAAGUUGAUUAGCGGCGAACACGUGGGAGCAUUGGCAAUGUCAGAAACAAACGCCGGAUCAGAUGUUGUCAGUAUGAAGUUGAAGGCGGAGAAACACGGUGAUAAGUAUGUGCUAAACGGCACAAAAUUCUGGAUCACUAAUGGUCCAGAUGCGGAUGUUCUUGUUGUUUAUGCGAAAACUGAUCCAAAUUUACAUCAACAUGGCAUCACGUGUUUUCUCGUGGAAAAGGGUUUCGAAGGCUUCCACACUUCACCAAAGUUAAAUAAGAUGGGAAUGCGUGGAUCAAACACUUGUGAGCUGGUUUUCGAAAAUUGUGAAGUCCCGGAAGAAAAUGUCAUGGGAGGAGUUGGAAAAGGAGUGUAUGUUUUGAUGACCGGUCUGGACUAUGAACGUUUGGUCCUUUCUGGAGGUCCUCUAGGGAUAAUGCAAGCUGCUUGUGAUGUUGCUUUUCAAUACGCUCACCAUCGUGAAGCUUUCGGAACUCAAAUAGGAACCUUCCAGCUAAUCCAAGGAAAAAUGGCUGAUAUGUACACAACGUUGAACGCGUGUAGAUCUUAUUUAUAUACGGUAGCAAAGGCGGCUGAUGAAGGACAUGUUUCGAGCAAGGAUUGUGCCGGUGUUAUUCUUUAUUUGGCGGAGAAAUGUACACAAGUUUGUCUGGAUGCAAUACAAAUACUCGGAGGAAACGGUUUCAUUAAUGACUAUCCUACUGGACGAUUUCUGCGAGAUGCAAAACUCUAUGAAAUUGGUGCCGGCACUAGUGAGGUUCGGCGGUUAAUUAUUGGAAGAGCAUUGAACAAGGAGUACAUCCACUAG